GCCGCGUAGUGCGAGCCUUGCUUCGCUUGGAAACUAAUGUUUAGGAACUUAGUUCAAGAAGUUUAUGCGAUUUGUCUUUCAAGAAGUUUCACAUCUCACUUGGUCAGGCAGUUCAAAAUACAGACUAACACAUUGCUAAACACACUUUGUCAUAUCAUCUCUGGACGCGCUCUGCCGCAAUGGAAAAGCCGGAAACAAAAUCGGUGCCUACGUCGGAAAGGAGGCAAGCAAUACUGAAGACAAUCGAGAGACGAGACAGCUGCAAGAAAAGAGCUGCGCAGAUCGUGGAGGAAAUGCUGGAGAGCUCGCUGUCCGAGGAGUGGCUCCUUGGAGUUUUGCACGAACUCUCUCAGCAAGAUUACCAGGAUGCCGUUGAGGAAAGAGCUAUUGAACGGCUUUGCGGCUAUCCACUUUGCAACAGGGGCAUUUCUCAGGUACCAAAGCAACAAUACCACAUUUGUAUGAAAACGAAGAAAGUUUACGACAUCACACAUCGCAAGCAAUACUGCAGCAACACGUGCUAUCGUGCAUCAACAUUUCUGAAGGGUCAGCUUUGGGAUGGGCCGCUUUGGCUUCGAGAUGAAGCAGACACGUCUUCAAAGUACAACAUCUAUCGCGAAGAGGAACAUCUUUCCCAAAGCACGAAGAAAGGUGGCCGUGGCGAGGAAGUAGACCUGGGUCAUAGCCGUCUGGCUGAGAAAGAUGUUGAAGGUCCCCAAGAGAGCAAACCUGCGGACAUCCUGAGACCUGCUAAGGAGAUCUCGCCUUAUGUGACCCCUGAUGCUUUGAAGAAGUUGGCCGAGAGCAUCGACAAAAUGAGUGUGGACAGUCCGAAAUCUCCAGCCCAGGCAAGGAACAUUGAGGAGUCUGGCACUGAAGAUCGUGAACUAGAGGAUGGACCGGAAGUCUAUCAUGAAAUUCACAGCACAAUUGCAAGGGUGCCCGCAGAAGCUUCAAGUCCAUGCAGCGAUGAACCAGCAGCCACCAAAAAGGUCAACAGUCCAGCGAGGAGAAGCGUCCCCAGUCGCACUGACAAAUCAUGGCAGCAUGCCUUGGCGAGCGAGCAAGCAAGGGCGGGGAAAGCGUCGAACGCAAAAAGUGACACCACCGGUUCCCCGAUACAGAGAGUCCGAGAUGCCUUGAAGCAGUGGAUCACGGCAGAGACGGUGGCCUUCCUCGUCGGUGACGGAGCUGCCAGGAGAUUUCGGAUUAACAACAGGAGGCAGGAGGAAGCCAUGAAGGUGGAGCGCUAUCACGCCCAGUACUCGAAGCUCUGCAAACGUCUAGACGAACAGGAGAGGGCCGAAGAAAGGCUUGGGGCGGUUCCUUUGGACUCGGAUGAUGACGAAGAUGCACCCGUUUCGACGAAGCCAACGGCUCCCGUGCCUACCAUGGAGCAGCUCAAACGAGAUUCGGAAAAGAAAAAACUCGAGAUUCGCGAACGGCACCAGGAUAGGUUUGAAAAAAAAGAUGUGUGUGCAAGGACUAAAGAAGGUGCUACUACGUCAGCAUCAAAGAAAGGUGGCAGCAAGUUAAAAAAAGAAAAGCAGGCGGAGGACCCAAACACGAUCGACUCGAGUGAACGGGAACCCAUCCUUCCGCUUGUAGACAGCCAUGCACAGAAUGUUCACCGCCGCAGGAUAGUGUUCAACUGGUUGAGAAAAGUUCUUCCUGAUAUCUUGGACAUAUUGUACAUGGAUCUGUCGGAGGUUUCAUCUUAUUUGACGGAACUAAUUUUAACAUUUAGGCUCUCAGCUGAAAAUAUCACCUUCAGGUUGGAAACCUGGGCACACAUAGCUGCUGGCAUGCUGGUCAUGCUUUCGAGAAAAUGUCCACCACUAAACACUGCCAUAAUGAUGGAGGAAUCACAGAGGCGUUUCUCGAUUUUCUUGGAAGACAAUGGACUGUCCCUGCAGAAUCUAACGUACGUGGUUGACGACUUGCUGGGCAGUUAAUGCCCCUGCUAGGUUUUAUGAAUUGUUGAUGAGCUCACUCGUGUAUUAAACAGAUCUAAGUUACAUUUGUUGUGUUGUGCAAGAUGAGACACAACAAGACAUACGACUUAAAUAAAAAAUGAUGAUGAUGA